ACGUCAGCCCAUGUGUAAAAUGAUUUACCUGUCUUGCAUGCGUAUGUCUAAUAAUUCAAAGUCUUUCUAUUGGAAUUGCAUUUGCUAUAUUUAUAUAUCUUUUCUUUCUAUGUUGAUAUACGUGUUGCGAUUAACACGAUACUUAUCUCGAUUGGCGAGUGGUUUGCAUAGUUUCAGGCGUCGCGGCAAAUACGACGGUUCACUGUUCGUCAGGCGUAAAAGGUUGAUUCCGCGCCUGGAAACUACACGGUCUCAUGUGAAUCGAGUGGGGGGGGCAGCCGGACAAGUUCAGCACGAAUAUCGAUUCAGUCUCGCACAAACCACCCCCAUGUACCGUGCCCGUUGCAGUAGCUCCACCUUUUAACUUUGUUUUCCAUUCUGUGUCAUGACUGACACAUAAACAGAGAGGAGCAUCGCGGUAAAAAGAGUGUAUGCAUGGUGCACACCGUGUUUCACAAACAGAACGGAUACUACAGUGACGCGUUUUAUUAUUUUAGCAGCUUUAAAGGGGAUAUAUUAAACGUGAAGAACCGAGAUUGUUAUUGAUAGAAACGUCUUUGCCGAUGAUGCUUAUCGAUUUGAAAACUAAUCUUAAAAAGACAUUAUAUUGUUCGUACAGUUUAUAGUGAGGUGCUUAAGUUUAUUACAUAAACUGAAUUAAUAACCAGGAGACGUGAUACUUUACUUAUCUUAUACGAAGAAUGAUAAUUAUCGAAUGUGUACUUGUAUCUUAUUUCGCAACGUAGCUUCAGCGUUGUCUUUUUUGUUCACUUCUUUCCCCUAUCCUUCAUUCUGGGCAUUCGCCUCCUUUUGCUUUUCUGUUACAUUUUUCGUCAAAUGAUUCGAGUGGCUGUCACAGGCUGUCUAUUAAAAUAGAUCCUUCCAGUAAAACGUUUCAUCAUCGAUUCGUCGUGUGCUACGUGUUCUCUCGAAGGGUUGCGUUUCGUUUUUCUCGACCACGCGCGUUGAUACAGCCGUUGAUAAAUUUAGAAAGUUGUUGAGAGUUAUAAUCGAACGUUUUUCAUGGAAUUAACGAUUGACCUUAUGUGCCUGGGGAUCUCGUGAUUGUCGCGGACGUGGCUGAAAAUUACGAACGCAAGAGAAAGAAGAGAAACCGUGCAAAUUUGGAAGAUUGAGUUUUGUUCGCGUGUCUGUCGAAUAUGAAACACUUCAACUACGGCCACACGCAUUCCUAUUCAUCUUGACUACGAAUCGUGGGUGAACAAAGGAAGUGCGCCUCCGCUUCUUGAGAGAUGUCUUCGAUAUCAGCGCAGGGGGUCGUCGAAAGAGCCAGCGCCGAAUUGACCAAGAGAAUCAACGGUCUGGGGCUGAGAGCGUCUAAACAUCAUGGUGGGGGAAAGGCGAGCGUCAUGGAACGCGUUACGCACGUGUUCUGCGGGAGUGGCGGGGUUCCGUACACGAAUUUGCAGAGCGCGAACAAUGCGAACGCAACCCCGGAAAAGCCGAGCAGGAGCGUACCAACGUCGAUGAGCAACAUGCCAUCAGCGAACAACAAGAGCCUGAACACGGUCGGCACUCCCAGUAGAGCAAGGAUAUCGAGAAAUCGACCGAAAAAUGUGCCACUGGCGAGUGGUGGAACAGGCGGAUACGUUGCGCCGGCCACGUGGGAUCAGCUGAUGGAAGACGAUCAUUUUCUCAGCAAAUUUUUCCUCUACUUUACCGCCAUUGAAAGGAGGAUUUUGGCACAGGUUUGCUCAAAAUGGAGGGACAUACUUUACGCACGACCUCGACUCUGGGCGGGUUUGGUGCCUGUAGUAAGGUGUCGAGAAGUGCGUGCUAUGCCUCCUGGUUCGCGCACGCAACUCUACGUCUCCUUGGUCAGAAGAGGAUUUCAUUCAUUGGUUCUUCUCGGUGCGUCGGACGAGGAUAUCCCCGAACUGACACAUGGAUUCCCGUUAGCGCAGAGAAACAUUCACUCUUUGUCUCUGAGAUGCUGUGCAGUUACUGACAGUGGACUAAAAGCGCUUCUAGAUCAUUUACAGGCGCUGUUCGAGCUUGAAUUAGCUAGUUGCAACGAGAUAACGGAAGCCGGCCUGUGGACUUGCUUGACACCUAGAAUAGUAUCGCUCUCCUUGUCGGAUUGUAUCAAUGUGGCCAAUGAAGCUGUCGGUGCUGUCGCUCAAUUGCUGCCGAGCCUCUACGAAUUCUCAUUACAGGCUUACCACGUAACUGACGCCGCCCUUGGAUAUUUCCAUGAAAGUAGCUCCCUUAGUAUUCUCAGGCUUCAAUCCUGCUGGGAACUCACUAAUCAUGGUGUAGUCAAUAUUGUACAUUCCUUGCCCAAUCUGACUGUUCUAUCGCUGUCCGGAUGUAGCAAAGUAACAAAUGAUGGUGUUGAAUUGAUAGCAGAAAAUUUGUCCAGGCUUCGUUCAUUAGAUCUAAGCUGGUGCUCGAGGAUCACUGACUCGGCUUUGGAGUAUAUUGCUUGUGAUUUGUACUACUUGGAAGAGCUUACUUUGGACAGGUGUGUGCACAUCACAGACAUCGGCAUGGGUUACAUUUCCAGGAUGAGAUCAUUGAGUGCAUUGUUCUUGAGAUGGUGCAUACUACUUAGAGACUUUGGACUUCAGCACUUGUGUGGCAUGAAAUCCUUACAAGUACUCUCGGUGGCAGGUUGCCCGUUGCUCACAAGUAGUGGAUUAUCUAGUUUGAUUCAGCUUCGGCGUUUACAUGAGCUAGAGCUAACCAAUUGUCCAGGAACUUCUCAGGAGCUGUUUGACUAUUUACGUGAACAUCUGCCGCGCUGCCUAAUCAUCGAAUAAAUGAUGCUUCACUAAAAGUACGGCAACAACUCUAGAGAUUCCUUUACGUUUCACCCAUAAGACGUUUCUAUUCCUAUAGGGCGAGACAGCAACAUAAAAAGAUGUUUCACGUAAAGUACUACAUAGAACGGACGAUUGUAUAAGAGGAGAUGAUGCAGAUGCAGAUAAGGAAGAAACAAUUAACGUCCAAAUGCGGAUACUACCGCAUACUAUGUUCUCUCUUUCAAUGACAAAGAGUAUAAAAUGGAAAAACAGAUAUAAAAAAGAAAAAAAGAAACACUAGCCCCUAAAACCAUGCAAAUGUUAACACUAAAAUAGCGCGUAGACAUUUUUAAUACACCAGAGCUCCCGUAUGAAUCGCACUCCUUUUUCGCCGAUAUUAGAUUUUCGAUCGAAUCGAACGAUUCGAUUUAUUGUGUUGUUUCUUUUUUCUUUUUCAUUUUUGUCGAAAGUGUUAAAAAAAAAGAAAAAAUAGGAAAAAAAGGAAAUUUAAGAAAAAAUGAAAAAAAGUAUGCGCCUCCCGAUAACUCGGUAUCCUGUACAGAGUUUUACACAUCGCCGCUUGAUAGAGAAAAAAAAAAGUAAACCGAAAGACAGUUUAAUUAUAGUAGAUUCUCACUAAAAAGAAAAAAAACAGCUGAAAAAAAUAAAAGAAUGUAGAGAUUGUUCGAUGAGACGGCAUGACAGACUCAAUAACAGUUAGAACUGUGAUAAAUUUUUAUUAUGCGUAUAUUAUUCUACUCCGUUUAUGUUAUGUAACGACUAUGUUUAGGUCGUUGUUUAUCCUGCUUCAACAUUUUAAGGAUGCGCGUGAUUAUCGACGCGUUAGAUGCGGUGCUUUUGAGACAAAAAAAUGAGCUACUUAGUGAAGUGAUUAAAAAAAAAGAAAAAAAUAAGCAAAAAAGAAAUGAAAAAAAGUGCAGAAAAACAUUCCGGUUGCGUGUUAAAAAGACCUUUCGUUUACAAGACAU